AUGACUUGCCUACGUCAUCAGGCUCUUCCGGCUGGCUUUGCCGACGAUGACUUCGGCUUCCACUACGUGGAGCCAGAAGCCGCCGACGCGCCGCUCGCACAGCGGCGGGAGACGACGGAGGCGAUGACGCUACAACGGAAGAUUUCCAGCGCACGAAGCGUCGGCGUGGUGCUGGACCUGGUCACCGUCUCCGACCUCGACGCUUUGCACGUGGCCACCGCCCUACACCGCCUGGCGCGCCUCGGGGGCCGCGGUCUGGCGGCGUCCACGGCGGUGGAGGCGUUGCUGAAACGCCUGGAGGAUGGAACCGUGGAGAAGUUGGGAGCCCAGGCGCAGGUCUCGCUGCUUUGGGCCGCCGCGAAACUCUCCUUGGGCGGUCCCUGGCUGUCGCGUCUGGGGAAGGCGCUGGAGGUCUCCGACCUGUCAGGCCAUCAGUUGGCCACGGCCUUCUACGCCGUGGCGCGCUUGGAGUCCGGCGGCUUCCCAGCGCAGGAAUUCCAAGACCUGGUAGAACAGUUGCAUCGUGAGUUGCAGCGUAGACAGAAAGCCUUGGGGCCCGGUGGGACCUCGGCCCUGGACAGCAUUCUGUUGGCUGAUGCUCUGGCGAAGCUGCAGAUCCGGGAUGAGCCCCUCUUCAGCAGCCUGGCGACUGCCUUGCUGAAGCACCUGGAGGCCAAGCAGCUGGGUGUCCGAGAGCUGCGCCACGCGGCCAGCGCCUUUGGACAGAUGGGAUUUGUGGACAAACAGUUGAUGGCUAAAAUGAUGGGCUGGCUACAGACGCGUUUGGACGACUGCAGUUCCAGCGAUUUGUCCGCCCUGGCCUUCAGCUUCUCCCGCUGCGUCCCCGCCGUGCCCUCUGCGGGCCGCGCCUUCUUCGGUGCGCUGCCGCAGCACCUGGCGCCGCGUGUAGAGCUCGGCGAGGUUUCACCGCAGGAGGCCGCAGUAUUCCUGGUGAGUUUUUCCCAAGCGCAUCUGCUGGAUGAUCACGCGGAGAGUUUGAUGCGUUUGGCGCCGCUGAUUGAGAAGUCACCGAACGCGUUGAAUGGCCAUUGGAUGGCCUUGUUGGUUCCCGGCAUCAGUCAUUUAGCCAAAGCUUCGCUAAUGGAGGUGCUUGCGAACCGAAGCAGUCAGCUCUCCGCGACCUUGUCCCCGCGUCAGUUGGCGCGUUUGGCCAUUGGUUUCGGACAAGGACAGCUUCAGAGUCCCAAGCUGUGGCAGUCUUUGACCAAAGAGGCCAUGUCCAAGUCUGGUUCCUUUUCAGCGCCCGAUACCUUGCGGCUGCUGGCCGGCUUGGAUGCAGCAAAGGUGAACGAUCGAAAGCUCCUGAAGAUCUUUUGGGCACGUGUUGCCGAGAAGCAAGCAAAGUACCUUGCCGAAGAAUUGUUGGCCUUGCUGCAGCUUUGGCCACGUCUACCGCCAGAGCUGCGAUCCGACGAGCUGCCACGAGACCUGAUGAAGCACCUCCGCACUCGCUUGGAGAAAGGAACCAAGGGGCUCGGAUGGGUGUGCCCAGGUGAGUUGGCUGUGGAGUUGUUGGAGUGGCUGCCCUCCAGUCGUCAUCUCACCGGUCGUCCUCUUGACCUACGGCUGCUGCGCGCCAUGCUGCUGCAGCUGCCGCGGCAACUGCGCAGCGGCCCGGAGACGCGACAACGACUGUUGAGCGCCCUCACCACGGACCCGGAGCUCUGGUCCAAGGCGCGCAGUGAGCUGCUGCCGGACGAGAAGUUCCACCGUGCGCUGGGGAAGAUCUGCCAGGACCAUCAAUCCGACGAUGGCUGGCGCGACUCUGCGGUGGAGCUUGUCUUCUCCUGUGCACAGCUGGGCGUCGACAGCCGCGAGCUGCAGAAGCUGCUCCAGCAGCUGCUGCAGGAGCCGCUGCAGCUGGCGCAAAGUGCCAAGGUCUGCUGGGCCUGUGCAGAGCUAGGUGUCCUAUCGAAGGAAGCAGAGAAGCUUCUCCAGGUGGCCGAUGGAGACACCCAGGACGCGCUGAGUUGGCUGCGCCUCUCCUGGGCCUCCUUGGUCCUUCAGCGACCUCUGCCGCUGCGAGUGACAGAUCUGCCGGGGGAAGUGCUGAUGCAGCAGAUGUCUCCCUCCGAUUUGCGACCUUUGCAACAACUUGCUUGGCACAGUCAGCAGCACCUGGGCCUCUCCAGCGCCUGGUCCGACGCCAUGCUGGGCGCAGGGCCGCUGGUGCCCCGCACGGCAAAGACGAACGCGGGAUCUGCGGGCGGUUCGAUGCCGAGCCAGACGGAUGCCGAAAAGCUGCUGUCGAGCCUGCUGCAGAACCUGCGGGUGCCGCACGUCGUGGCUAGUUCCAAGGCGGUGCCCGGGAAUAUCUAUCGAGUGCCUUUGUGGUUUCCAGCUGCCAACGCCGUGUUGGAUCUGUCAACCAGCAGUGAUCGGUUGAUCUCCGGGAAGUACAGCGGGACGGCACGGAUGAGGCGCCGACAGCU